AUGUCCGUGUUGCGUGUCAUGUCCCCUCUAACGAUUUGGGCCCCAAGGCUCCUUUUUAUGUCUUUAGAAUUGUGGCUUUUGGUCCAGGGUUUUCCCAUUCCGAGGAGGGCCCAGGACUCGGUCCAGCUGACCUCCAAAGUGCUGGGGCCAAUGGAGCCCUGGUCCUCACACUCCUUGGACCUCCUUCCCGACUCGCCCCAGAUGCUCACACCCCGGGCAGACCGGGGGGACUUUGAUUAUCUGGGGGCAUCUGCUGCCCCGCAGGUGCUCGCCCCACCUCAUUUAUUGACUGACAGUUUGCUUCCGUUUCUGGAUCGGGAUUCUACUAGGCAGCCAUCUCCAGAGCCAGAUCCAUUUGCUGUUGCACAGCAGGAGCUGAAUGACAAGCUAAAUCUGCCUGAGAGACCCCCAGAAGCGGUGCCGAUGCCCAAUGGAGACCAGAAUCAGGCCCCAGCUCUGCCUCCUCUACUCAAAAGUAAGACUCAGACUGUCAGUGUUGAUCAGGCUUCGGAUGGCCAAGCAUUUGAUAUUCUUGUUCCACCUCUUGAUCGUCAGAUUUCAAAAGUAGCAAAGUUUAUUGUUUCACGCUGGAAACUGAAGAAGGAUGCUGCUCAACAUCAGGGACUUGAUGAGACUGUGGCUGGAACUCCACACCAAUUUGCAAACCUUCAGCUUCAGACACAACCCUUGCAGGAUGACUACAUAGAUCCAGGAAUGAGCACAGCUGAUUCUGACAGCCCUCCUCUAAAACUCCAGGAGAGCACAGAUGAGCCUCCAGAACCCCUUGAGCAAGUUGAACCUUCUGCAGUCCAGCAAGAAGCCCCAGUUCAACAAUUUAGUAGUGAGGAGGUAGAGCAAUCCGUACACCACGAGGUAAAUGCUCCAUCUCCAAAUGUGAAUGAAGCUCAGCCUUCAAACGUGCCGAAAGUCACCACGAAACAUGUUGAUCUGGAGGUUACACUAACUACAGGGCCUUCUCCAAGCCACCAGCAGGCCUCAGAGAGUACUGAGGACAUAACACCCUUAUCCACCCAACAAGUGGCUCCAGCUCAGACUUCAGAGCUCCCUGAAGACACCAAACCUUCUGGAAGCCAGAUGGAAGCCCCAGUUCAGCCUACAGAGCCUCCUGAAGAAGUCAAACCUCCUGUUGAUCAAGAGGCUACCACUGAAGCUCCAGAGUCCCCUAUGGAGAGUAUAGGUCCAAGUCAGGAGGUGACAGUUCAACCUCCAGCUCAGGAUCAACCUGAAGAGAAUAUCUUGCCCAGCAUUAUGGGUAAGCCCGUGGAUGUGGAAAUCACCACAACUUCAGAGCCUACCCAGGAGGCUACAUCUUCUCUAGCCCAAGCAGAGGCCCCAGAUCAGCCUUCUGAAUCACUUGGGGAGGCUGAAACUUCAGGAACCCAUCUGCAGUCCCCAGUUCAGCCUCCAGAGUAUGGUGAGGAGCUUCAACCUUCUCCAACCCAGCAAGUGGUCCCACCUCAGCCUUCAGGCCCUCUUUCAGAGACUGAAACUUCUCCCAGUGAGCAAGAACAGGCAGCUCAACCUUCUGAGCCUCCUGAGGAAUCAGAACCUUCUGGAAGCCAGACAGAAGCUCCAGUUCAGCCUGCAAAGCCAUCUGAGGAAAUUAAACCUUCAGUUGAGCAAGAGGCUCCAGUUCCACCUCCAGCUCAGAAUCAAGCUGAAGAGAGUAUCUUGCCCAGUGUUACGGGUAAGCCUGUGGAUGUGGAAAUCACCACAACUUCAGAGCCUGCCAAGGAGGCUACAUCUUCUCUAGCCCAGGCAGAGGCCCCAGCUCAGCCUUCUGAAUCCCCUGGGGAGGCUGAAACUUCUGAAACCAAGGUGCAGUCCCCAAUUCAGCCUCCACAGUGUGGUGAGGAGCUUCAACCUUCUCCAACCCAGCAAGUGAUCCCACCUCAGCCUUCAGGCCCUCUUUCAGAGACUGAAACUUCUCUCAGUGAGCAAGAACAGGCAGCUCAACCUUCUGAGCCUCCUGAGGAAUCAGAACCUUCUGGAAGCCAGACAGAAGCUCCAGUUCAGCCUGCAAAGCCAUCUGAGGAAGUUAAGCCUUCAGUUGAGCAAGAGGCUCCAGUUCCACCUCCAGCUCAGGAUCAAGAGCCUACCCAGGAGGCUGCAUCUUCUCCAACUCAGCCUUCAGAGUUUGCUGAAGGGGCAGAACCUUCUCCCAGUGAGAAGGAACAAGCAGUUGAGCCAUCUGUGUCUCCUGGGGAGGCUCAGCCUUCUGGAAUUCACAUGACUGCUCCAGCCCAGGCCUCAGAGCAUGCUGAGGAGUCUGAACCUCCUCCACCCCAGCAGGAACAACCGGCUCAGUCCUCAGUGUCCUCCGAACAGUCUGAAGCUUUGAAAACCCAGCAUGAGACUACAACUCAGAAGCCAGAACCCUGGGAGAAGGAUGAACUUUCUCCAAUCAAUCAAGGGGCUACAGCUCAGCCAGAAGAGCUUCCUGAGGAACCUUCUCCAAGCCAGCAGGAGAGCUCAGUUCCUCCUGUAAUGCCCCCUGUGAAUACUGAACUUUCACCAAUUCAGCCACAACUCCCAACUCAGUCUCCAGAAUCCUCUGAGGAGGUUAGUGAUCUUCCUCCAUUGGGAGAUAGCAUAUCAUUUUCACCUCAAGAUCUAGAAAUAAUAUUUAGAAAGCAGCAUCCAAAUUUGCAAGAAACCACAGAUAAACAUGUGGAUAUGGAGAUUACCAUGACUCCACAGACCACUGUGGAGUUUGAACCCAUUCCAGUCCAGCAGGACACUCAAAACUCUACAGAUGCCACUGAGCAACUUGAACUUUUUCUGACCCAGUCUGGUUCCCCUUCCCAGACUCCACAAUUCCCUGAAAAUGUUGACUCUUCACCAGUCCAGCCAGAGCCCACAGCUCAGCCUUCUCCAGCUCAAUCAGAGCCCAUAGCUCAACCUUUUCCAGCCCAGCCAGAGCCCAUUAUUCUGCCUUCUCCAGCCCAGCCACAGCCCACAGCUCAGCCUUCUCCAGCCCAGCCACAGCCCAUGGCUCUGCCUUCUCCAUCCCUGCCAGAAUCCACAACUCAGCUUUCUCCAGCCCAGCCAGAGUCCAUAGCUCUGCCUUCUCCAGCCCAGCUGUUGUCCACGGCUCAGCCUUUUCCAGCCCAGCCAGAGCCCACGGCUCAAGCUCCAGUGCAUUAUGAGAUGACAGUUCCAAUACUAGGUCAGGAUGAAGCUCAGUAUUCAAUGUCCAGUGUCACAAUUCAACCUUUGGAUCUGGAGCUCCCCAUAACCUCCAAACCCACUACAAAGGUUAAAAAUUCUCCACCUGUGAAGAAGACUAGAACUCCUCCUCCAAAGCCCCCUCAAGUGACACUUCCACAUCCAGUCCAGAUUCAGGAUCAGCAUCCAAGUCUGACUGAAGGCACAAUUCAACCUGUGGAUCUCCAAUUUAGCAUAACUGUACAACCUAUUACUGAAGAUGAGCUUUCUCCAGCCAUGCAAGAGACCCCAGUUCAGCUUACAAAGCCCCCUAUGGAGGUUGUACCUCAAUCCCCAGUACAACAGGAGAUGACAAUUCCAGUACCAGGUCAGGAUGAAGUUCAGUACCCAACAUCACCCAGUGUCACAUUUCAACCUUUGGACUUGGAAUUAACCAUAACUACAGAAACCACUACAGGACCUGACCUUUCUCCCAUCGUGCAGGAGACCCCAACUCAGCCUCCAGAGCCACCUAGAGAAGAUGUUGAAGUUCAACCCCCAGUAUAUCAGGAGGUAACAGCUCCAACCCCAGAUCAGGAUCAAGUUCAGCAUCCAAUACCACACAGUACCUCAUUUGAAACUUUGGGCCUGGAACUUACCAUAAAUCCAGAACCCACUACAGGGGCUAACCUUACUACAGCCCCAGCAAAGCCUACAGCAACCCUAAAGCAUCCUGACCAGAAUCAGGCUCAGCAUCCAAAUCUGUCCCAAGUCACAGUUCGACCUUUUGAUGUAGAACUUACCCCAACUCCAGAACCCAGUACAGAGGCUGAAUAUUCUACCAUUGUGAAGACGACAACAGCUCCUCCUCCAAAGCACCCUGAGGUGACACUUCCACAUCCAGUCCAGAAUCAGGCUCAGCAUCCCAACCUGAAUGAAGUCACAGUUCAACCUUUAGCUCUAGGAGUUCCCUUAACUUCAGAGUCCAAACAGUCUACUACUCUGAAGAAGACAACAGCUCCUCCCCCAAAGGUGGAGGUGACACUUCCACAAGUCACAGUUAAGACUUUAAAGCUGGAGCUUACCAAAUCUUCACAACCUACCACAGAGGUUAAACGUUCAUCUAUGCAGGAAACCUCAACUCAGCCUCCAAAGCCAGCUGCAGAGACUAAAAUUCAGCCUUCAACAUCAGGUCAAGAUCAGGCUCAGCGUCCAACGUUGGCAGUUACAGAGGCAAAUAACACCACAACUGCUCCUCCACAGCACCCUGAGGUGACACCUCCACAUUCAGAACAGCUUCAGUCUGGUCUGGAACGUACCACUAUUGCACAUUCUGUAAAUCCCACCACAGAAAGUGCGCUAACUGUGCAAACGGAACCGAAUGCCACCCCGUACACCAACAUAUGUGAGCUCUGUACUUGUCGAGAUGAGUCACUGUUGUGUGUUGGUCUCAGCCCAACGCAGAAGCUCCGCCGAGUGCCUGUGCCGAAGCCCAACACCUACAAGAAGGUCCUCACCACCCUAAAUUUCUAUGGAAAUGAUAUUGAUUACAUUGAUAACAAUGCAUGGAAAGCAUAUCGUUGGACUGAGAAAUUAAUUCUCAGUGAAAAUUGCCUGACUGAAUUACUUAAGGAUUCAUUUGAAGGCCUGCUGUCCCUCGAGUAUUUAGAUUUAUCCUGCAAUAAAAUACAGUAUUUUGAAAGAGCGACAUUUGAGUCACUACCUUUUUUGAAGUUUGUAAACCUUGGUUGCAAUUUAAUCACAGAAUUGAACUUUGGAACAUUCCAGGCAUGGCAUGGAAUGCAGUUUUUAUACCAAGUAUAAGUGGAACAGAAGAGAAACAUGUUUCAAAACUUAUUUAUGUCUUUAAAAAGAAAACCUCAUAACAUUACUGUUAGCUGCAUAUAAGCCCUGUAUGAUUUCUGUGAAUAGUAUGUCUUGAUCCAUUUUGUUUCUUCAAAUAAGGAAACUAAGGUACAAGAGGUCAAGAGCCUUGUGUGAUUUAUAUAUGACAUUCUCUGCUUUCCCUAGUACUGAUCUUUGAUAGGGGCACUGGAGACAUCAUGCAAGUAACACUCAA